GGCGCGUCUAAAGAUCCUCCCCAGAGUCUUACCUGAAAAAAACUGCAGGAAUACUUGUACGCCAUAGUAAAGGCAUGUCGAGGACGCGACCACAGGAUGUUUUUCAUUAUUAGCUAGGCACUGCUUUCGAGAUUCACCAUGUAUACGACUGAACGCAGGCGCAUGAGCCUGCGCGAGACCAAGAGAAAGGAUCCCGUCCGAGUUUCAGCUGGAAGUUUAUGGCAGGAUCCUUUGGCUCUCGAAAUAGGCGGCGGAUGUAAAGGCAUAACUUCCCCGCGGAGUCGAACCAGGGCUUUAAACGUGGCGUAUAUCGCCGUUGGGGACGGGUCUUUGCCUCAAACUGAGGAGAAUCUUUCAUACACAUGUCUUGCAGAAGCCUGCGAAGACGCGCACGCCGUGCUGAAGAGCGUUUCUUUUGAGCGCAUUGCGUUGGGAACGACUGAAAUCCUAGACAGUUUUUACAACGCAGAUGUUGUCGUGGUGGAGAUGAACAACUCUAUCUGCCAGCCGUCUCUGUUUUAUCACCUGGGUGUCAGAGAGAGUUUUAGUAUGACCAAUAAUGUCAUCCUGUACUGUAACAAACAAGAGGAACAUCUUCAAGUUGUGAAGGAACAAUGUGGAAGCUACACUUUUAUCCCCUACAUGGUGUCACCGCAGGGUAAAGUAUUUGCCUGUGAUGCCACACUGAUGAGAGGAAUCAAAGAUUUCCUUCAUUCCAGCUUUAAAUUUGAAUCCCUGCUGACCCCGUUGGUGGAUCGACUGGUCAAGUUGCUGGAAGGUGUUCACAUUAAUUCAAGCGAAUACCUCCACGAGGCAAUCCGCAGGGAGAUCCGUCUGGCUCGAGAGCACUUUUCCGGAGCGGCCCUGAGUCAGGAGCUGGGCCGGAUCCAGAAGCGGCUGGACUCGGUGGAGCUUCUGAGUCCAGACGUUGUUAUGAGCCUCCUGCUGUCUUACAGAGACAUCCCCGACUACGACUCCAUCAUAAAUCUGUUGGAGACUUUGAAUAAUUUGCCCAUGUGCAUGGUGAUAUCACAUCAGAACAUUAAGUUUCAGUAUAUUUUUGCAUUGAACAGGAGGAAUCACCCUGGUGAUCGUGACAAGGCUUUAAAGCUGAUUUUACCCAUUGUGGAGUCAGGGAACACCGUGGCCUCAGACGUGUACUGCCUGUGCGGGCGCAUCUACAAGGACAUGUUCCUGAGCUCAGGCUUCAAAGACACAUACAGCAGAGAUCGAGCAUGUUACUGGUACGGCAAGGCCUUUGAGAUUGAACCCUCUUUGCAUUCUGGAAUCAAUAAUGUUGUGCUCCUGAUGGCUGCUGGGCAUGAAUUCGACACCUCUAUUGAACUGCGGAAAAUCGGUGUCACACUCAGUAGCCUGCUGGGCAGGAAGGGCUGUCUUGAGAAGAUGCAGGACUACUGGGAUGUUGGUUUUUAUCUUGGGGCUGGAAUCUUGGCCAACGAGCACAAGAAAGUCAUAGAAGCUUCAGAGAAACUCUACAGGAUCAAAGCGCCAAUGUGGUAUGUUGCAUCCAUUAUGGAGACGUAUAUACUAUACAAGCAAUUUGCCAAACCCAAAGACGUGAAUCAUCCUAAACAGGAAACUGUGGACUUUUGGAUGGAGUUGAUGGUGCAGGCGUGCAAACCUACAGUUUCCACAGCACGCUGCCCGGUUCUGAUUCUGGAACCCACUAAAGUCUUCCAACCCAGUAUAAUAAGCGUAAGUGAGGAAGAUGACAGCCGUACGGUGCAGCUGAGACACGUCACUCCACUCGAGAAAGGUCUUCAUGAGUGGACUUUCCCAGCAUCUGCUAUUCGUGGAGUAAGCAUCUCCAAGUUCGACGAACGGAGCUGCUUCCUGUAUGUCCUGUACAAUUCAGAUGACUUCCAGUUGUACUUUCCCAGCGAUCUUCAUUGUAAAGGGUUCUGUGAUUUGGUGAGCUCUCUAUUGCAUCAAACAGAAAGUCCCGUGGAAGAUUCCAGUCAGAUCAGGGAAGGGGAAGGAGUUUUAGAGUACAUCUAUGAGAUAAAUGAGAAUAAAGACAAGGUGGUGCUGGGGAAAGGAACCUAUGGAGUGGUGUACGCUGGACGGGACCUCAGCAAUCAUGUGCGCAUCGCAAUCAAAGAGAUCCCUGAGAAAGACAGCACCUAUUCUCAGCCGCUCCAUGAGGAGAUUGCCCUACACAAGAGGCUGAAGCACAGGAAUAUUGUUCAGUAUUUGGGAUCAGUCAGUGAGGAUGGCUUCAUCAAGAUCUUCAUGGAGGAGGUUCCGGGAGGAAGUUUGUCCUCCCUCUUAAGAUCAAAGUGGGGGCCACUUAAAGAUAAUGAGGCAACCAUUGUUUUCUACACCAAGCAGAUUCUGGAAGGGCUCAAAUAUCUCCAUGAUAAUCAGAUUGUCCAUAGAGACAUUAAGGGUGAUAAUGUUUUGAUAAAUACGUACAGCGGUGUACUAAAGAUAUCAGAUUUUGGCACCUCUAAGAGACUAGCAGGAAUCAACCCAUGCACAGAGACGUUCACAGGCACUCUGCAGUACAUGGCUCCAGAGAUCAUCGACCAAGGUCCUCGCGGCUACGGAAAACCAGCUGAUAUCUGGUCUCUGGGUUGUACCAUCAUAGAAAUGGCCACUGGGAAACCACCUUUUUAUGAGCUGGGAAGCCCUCAGGCGGCCAUGUUUAAGGUGGGCAUGUUUAAGAUUCACCCCACAGUGCCAGAGUGCAUGUCAGAGCAAGCUAAAGGCUUCAUCGUCUGCUGCUUUGAACCCAACCCAGACAACAGAGCCACAGCUUCAGAGCUCCUGAAGAACAGCUUUCUGAAGGGCAGUCCCAGGAAGAGGUUAAAGCCUCAGUCCGACAACUCUCUGAAAGAACCUGCCGGAGACUUUCACAGGAGCAUGUCUGUACCCAUUGCAAUUCGUGUGGAGAACACGGAUGUUAAACACAAUGAAUUGUCCAGCUCGUUUGAUCUGAGAAGGACCACUCCUGCCUUCAAAGGAAAUGACAUGGCUGAAAGUCCUCCCAGCUCCAGUGGCUCUUUAACACUGCCAGAUGAUCCUCUAGGAGACAUGACCACAAGUCCAGCUUGUUCUGGAGAGAAUCUAGGUUUGUUCAUGCUGAGAAAAGACAGCGAACGGAGGGAUACGCUACAUAGGAUCCUUACUGACUACAUCAGCCUUGUAGUUCAAAACAUUCAGGAGACACUGCCACAGGUGGAGCAGCCGUGCAUUACCUCAGAUCACAUCAGCAAACUGAUUUGCUGCCUCCGAGAAAACAUCCGCUCUCCAGACAAAAGGCACCUGAAUAACAGCCUCCUGACUUUACGCUCCAGUCUGCUGAACUCCUCUGUGCCUCUCAGCAGCCUGCAGACGGUGCUCUUUAGCUUCCAGGAUGCAGUCAAGAAGGUUCUAAAGAAAGAGAAGAUAAAACCUCACUGGAUGUUUGCUUUGGACAACUUGUUGAGGCAGGCUGUACAAGAUACUAUCACGGUUCUGCUACCAGAGCUCAAGCUUCAGCUACAGUCAUCUUUUGAAAAUGAGGAGAGUUCUCAAGAAACCGAGCAACCCACAGAGGCCGAUUCUAAACCGAUUGUCACUCCCCUCGCAAAGGACAUAGAGGAAUCGUGUAUCCUCUCUCAGAAUUCUGAAGAGGGUCAUACCAAAUGUAAAAAUCUCCACAGUGACAUCAUCUCCAGUCACUCUUCACUCGCAAAGGAGCUAUCAGAACUUCGCUUGGAGUCUAUGAGGUUGUUGAUUCAGCUGAAUGAAAAGGAGAAAGAAUUUCAGGAACUUCUGAAGAACUCCAUUCAUACCAAACAAAGGCACAUCAACACCCUGGAGAUCAGAGCUGCGGCUAUAGAUAAUAAACCUUCAUCCCAUAUUGCUCACAAUUCUGCUGUGGUGCGCUGGUUAAGAGGUGUUCCAGUCGAUGAGAAAACCAUAGAAAUACUUGUUUUUCAUGAGUUCACAUUGGACAGUCUCCUCCACCUCGCGUGCAGAGAUGAUCUGCAGUACUGUGGCAUCAAAGGUGGGAUGCUGUGUCGCUUGUGGGCUGCCAUCUCCAAGCAGAGGAAGUCUCAUCUUAGUCCAGUCAGAGAGGACAGUGAAGAUACCAUUCUCUGACAGACAUGAGUAACUCUCUCUUGUCCAGCUUUUAGAUACUAUGAGCUCAGUGAGUUUGCGGUGUAUAGAGUCUGUGCAUGUUGCGCACUGUUACUUCGUCUGUGCCUGACACUAAGAGGAAAGAAAAUAAUUGUAUAGAAAAUAUACACUACUGUUCAAGGGUUUGGGGGCGUGAGAGCUUUUAAUGUUUUAAAGGAAGGCCCUUAUGCUCAUCCAGGCUGCAUUUUUAUGAGAAAAUACAGACAAAACAGAAAUAUUGUGAAAUAUUAUUACAAUUUAAAAUACUUUACAAUAUCAGCAUCAUUACUCCAGUCUUCAGUGUCAUAUAACAUGAUCCUCAGAAACCAUUGUAAUAUGCUAAUUUGGUGCUCAAGAAACAUUUCUUAUUAUUA